GAGAAGUUUUAAAUUGAAAGGUGCCAUAGGCCCAUUACAAGAUGCAGAAAUUGUAUGAUCAACCAUUAAAAACAGACGAGAAAUAAUUGUGUAAUCUUCUACCUCACACUCUAAUCUAUCACAGGAUCUCACUUGUUCCCAAGAACAAAAGAAGUGUAUUACUGUGCUUGGUGAGCUAUGGUGAAGGAGACUGAAUAUUAUGAUACUCUCGGAGUCAGUGUGGAUGCAUCUCCUGCAGAGAUUAAGAAGGCAUACUAUGCUAAGGCGAGAGUAGUUCAUCCUGAUAAGAAUCCCGGAGAUCCAAAGGCUGCACAUAAUUUCCAGGUACUUGGAGAGGCUUAUCAAAUUUUGAGUGAUCCUGAAAAGCGUGAAGCAUAUGAUAAAAAUGGAAAGUCUGGAGUACAGGGUGAAUCCAUGAUGGACCCUUCAGCUGUCUUUGGUAUGCUUUUUGGGAGUGAGUUAUUUGUGGAUUAUGUUGGGCAGCUUGCAUUGGCGGCUUUGGCCUCUGCAGAACUUGAUGUAGAUGAUGGGGUUCCUGAAGUUCGCAUGCAGAAAGUUCAGGAGAAGAUGAAGGCAUUGCAAAAGGAGAGAGAAGAAAAACUUGUUAGUUUUCUCAAAGAUCGUCUUCAACCAUUCGUUAUAGGCCAAACUGACGAGUUUGUGAAUUGGGCCACAUCCGAAUCCCGUAAUCUUUCUAAAGCUGCUUUUGGGGAGGCAAUGCUACAUACUAUUGGUUAUAUAUACACAAGGCAAGCUGCAAGAGAACUUGGAAAGGAUAAGCGAUUUAUGAAGGUUCCAUUUUUGGCAGAGUGGGUACGAGAUAAAGGUCACAUGAUAAAAUCACAAGUUUCAGCGGCUUCAGGUGCUGUGGCUUUAAUACAAAUGCAAGAGGAAAUGAAGAAGUUGAGUCAAGGAGAAAACAAGGAAGAAUCCAUAAUUAAAGCCUUCGAAGCAAAAAAGGACGCAAUGGUUCAGUCGCUUUGGCAGCUUAAUGUAGUAGAUAUUGAGUCGACUUUGUCACGAGUCUGCCAAGCAGUUCUUAAAGAUACCACUGUAUCGAAGGAUGUUCUUAAGCUACGGGCGAAAGCAAUGAAAAAGCUUGGGACUAUUUUUCAAGUUGGAGAUUCGAUACGAACAGACAAAGACAAUCAAGAUAUCUCAGACGAGCAUCCGUCCACUGAAAGAAGUUCAUUAACAUGUUCAAGCCUCAGUGAAGAAUAAAGUUCUAUGUGUUUCUGCUAUCAAGAUUGCCUGAAGAUCAAGUAUCAAAGACCAGAAGAUUCCAGUAUAUUUAAUUUGAUUAUUUAUAAAUCAAAUUUAUCGAAGCAACAUCUAACCCGGAAUGACUGAUCAAGUAUAUUAUCAAGCAAAGGAUUCAAGGAAUCAUUUCAGUUCGAGUCGUUCGUGAACCAGACCAGUGCACAGGACGUCAGGACAUACGAAAGAAUUCAGUGGAUUUAAUCAACGAAUUAAUUGAUCAAGUCAAUAAAGCUGCUCCAGAAUACAUUGAUAAAAGAACUUAUUAAUUAGAUAUAUAUAUAUAUAUAUAUAUAUAUAUAUAUAUAUAUAUUAAUUGUGAAUUAUUUGAAUUUAAUUAAAUUCAAGUAAUUAAUUAAACACAAUUAAUUAUAAAUAUAUGUAUGUAUAUUUAAUUAUUAUGCAAAACUGGAAGGCUUAUGAAUUUGACUAAGUGUUUCAAUACAGGGGAAGCUUCAUCACUGAUGAAGCGCAAACUUUGACUAAGUCAAAGUUUGCGCCUCAUCCUUCCUUUAAACCACUUAGAAAUUUUCUAAGUAACUCUCAGGGGUACACACAGUGAAGGAAGCGCAAGGUUUGACCUCAAGUCAAAGCGCCAACUUUGACUUGAGUCAAUCCUUCAAAAUUUGUCUAAGGCACUUCUCAGUAUUACAGUAGAAGCUCAAUGAGGCGCAACCUUUGACUCAAGGUCAAAGUUUGCGCCACACACACUCUCCAUGAUGUCAAGCGCAACUUCAGUUUAUUCUUGACCAAGGCAUCACAAGGGAACACUGUAUGGCGCCACUAUUGACUUUCCUGAAGCGCAAGGUUUGACCUUUUAUAUAUACACAUAUAUAUGAUUCAAAGCGCAGCUUUGUUAUACAUAUAUAUGUAUAUAGAACCUGCGCCCCUUCAUACAUUCAAUUGGAGUUAGUGUUAUUUUUAUAAAACGAAUCCGUCCAGGACGAACUCAAGUCGUCCAGGACGAACUCGUUAACCAUGGUUAGUUGUUGGAAAGCCUAUAAAUAGAGCUUAGUGUUUUCAUUUGAAAACAACUACACACUUUGUAAGUGCACACACUAUACACGUUCUCGAGAGUUAAAUUAGAAGAUCGUAUUUAUCGAGAGUUUGUAAUAGAGUGAUUGUAGUCUCUGCAGCCGACAUUUGUGUUGGAAUUUGUAGCACCCGAGGAUUAUUUCUAAUAUAAGAAUAUUCCCCGA